AUGUACGACUACAGCACCUGGCAGCCGCUCGUGCAGCGCGGCUACGCCGUCGUCGCGACCGACUACGCGGGCCUGGGCAGCAACUACACCAGCCACAAGUACCUAUCCCACCGCGCGCACGCCAACGACGUAUACUACUCGGUGCAGGCCGCCCGCCACGUGCUCGGCCCUGUCCUGGCCGACGAGUGGAUGUCCGCCGGACACUCGCAGGGUGGCGGCGCCGUGUGGAAGCUCGCCGAGAGCCAGUUUGUGAAGAACGACACCAGCUACCUCGGCACAGUGGCCAUUGCCCCCGCCACCUAUGUCGUCGACAUGUUUUUUGACAAUCUCGGCAAGAACAUCCCCGCGCUGCUGGGCUACCUGACUUUCUUUCCCUUUGCCAUCUCCCGCGCCGUGCCGUCCUUUAACGGUAGCUUCGUCGCUUUGGAUAUGCAGAAGCGGCUGGCGCUCGCCGAGAAGAUGCAGGUGUGCAUCGAGGGCAUGUUUGCCAUGGUCAUGGGCCUGAACCGCUCGCAAGUCAUUGACGAGGCGGGCCUCGCGCGCAGCCGGCCGACGAUGCUCCAAUGGCAGCAGAACAACACCGCGGCGGAGGGCGACUCGUCCCCCGCGCCGGUGCUGGUGGUGCAGGGCGAGGCCGACACGACGGUGCUGAUGAACACGACGCGCAAGGCCUGGCGGCGGUCCUGCGAGGCAGGCAACGAGGUGCACCUGCGGCUGUACGAGGGCCAGGAGCACUCGGCCACGACGGAGGCGGCGGCGCCCGAGUGGCUGGGUUGGAUCGACGAGCGCUUCGACGGGCGACAAGCGGCGCAGCAGCAGCAGGCUGGUCGGAAAUGCACGGAAAUGGCGCGCAACCUGUUUGCGGGCAGUGAUACCAAGACGGCACCAGAGUCGUAA